CCAAACCCAAAGUGCAUGUGAAAGAAGAAGAAGAAGAAGAAGAAGAAAGUUGCAAGUUGCAAAGCAACAAACAAAAUGGAAAAUCAAAGAAACAACCUCCUUGUGUCAUCCUUUCUUGUUUAUGUCCUCCUCCUCCUAACCACAGCAGCUAAUGCUCAACUGAGGCAGGACUUCUACCACAACAUAUGCCCUAAUGUCGAAUCCCUCGUCCGUUCUGCUGUUACCAACAAGUUCCACCAGACCUUUGUCACUGCACCCGCCACGCUCAGACUCUUUUUCCAUGAUUGUUUUGUCCGGGGUUGUGAUGGUUCAGUGAUACUGCAAAAUGGUGGUAAGGCUGAGAAGGAUCACCCGGAUAAUCUUUCAUUGGCCGGAGAUGGAUUUGACACUGUCAUCAAAGCCAAAGCGGCUGUGGAUAGCGAUCCUCAAUGCAGAAACAAAGUUUCAUGUGCAGACAUAUUGGCUUUGGCUACUAGGGAUGUCAUAGCCUUGGCUGGAGGACCAUCUUAUUCAGUGGAAUUGGGAAGACGCGAUGGGCGAAUAUCAACUAUAGCUAGUGUUCAACACAAACUUCCAUCGCCAAAUUUUAGUUUAGAUCAGCUCAAUACCAUGUUUAGUUCCCAUGGUCUCACCCAGUCAGACAUGAUCGCUCUAUCAGGUGCACAUACAAUUGGUUUCUCUCACUGCAGCCGGUUCUCAAAUCGCAUCUACAAUUUUAGUCCCAGAAAUCGAAUUGACCCUACGCUGAAUUUAAGUUACGCCCUUCAACUAAGACAAAUGUGCCCGAUUAAUGUUGACCCAAGAAUCGCCAUUAACAUGGACCCAACAACGCCUCAAACGUUUGACAAUGUCUACUUCCAGAACCUUGAGCAAGGAAAGGGUUUGUUCACCUCUGAUGAAACAUUGUUCACGGAUGGUCGAUCAAAGGCCACUGUGAACCUAUUUGCUUCCAACAAUUCUGCUUUUAACCAGGCUUUUAUAACUGCUAUUACCAAGCUUGGCCGAGUUGGAGUAAAGACAGGGAACCAGGGAGAGAUUCACCGUGAUUGCACUGCUAUCAACUAGAAUUAACUAGAACAAGAAAUCUAGUUAGCUUUUCGAUCUAUUUCCAGACAUAUCAUAUUACUUCUUUUCUCUUCUCUUCUGUAAUAACUACUAGAAUUUGUUCUACUUAUUUCUUUUCUUGAAGAGAUUAAUAAUUUGAGGCCAUCCAUGUA